UCACGCGUAGUGCAGGAAUAGGAACUAACGCGCAGUGCUGGGAGUUACUUUUAAUACCAAGAGGCAGAAUAUCUCGUUAAAAUGAUGGAGAUUGAGUUGCCAAAAAUGCACCCAAGUCAACAGGAUAUGGAUCUGAUUGAUAUCCUGUGGAGGCAGGAUAUAGAUCUGGGAGCAGGCAGGGAAGUGUUUGACUUCAGCUACAGGCAGAAGGAGGUGCAGCUGCAGAGGCAGAAGGAGCUGGAGGAGGAGAAGAGGCUGCAGAGGGUGAGGGAGCAGGAGCAGGCACUGCUGGCACAGCUGCAGCUCGACGAGGAGACCGGAGAGUUCGUACCUCGAGCUGCACCUCCAAACAAUACCGUGACGCAGCCUAACACUGCGCCUGCUGAGAUCUCACAGAAUGUGGCCUUUCCAGAAGAGAAUGGAGACGCCAUGUCAUUCGAUGAGUGCAUGCAGCUGUUGGCUGAGACGUUUCCACUAGUAGACACGGCGGAGCCUGCUCCUCCUUGUCUGGAUCCCUCAAUUCCUGCCCCUACAGACAGCACGCACCUAAUGAUGCCUGGAGAAAUACCCAUGCUUAGCCAGAACCCCCUGAUGCCUAGUCCAAUGGACCAGACCUGGAUGGAUUUGCAACUUUGCUUAAACCUCCCAGAGAUGCUGGACAUGUCAGGAUAUAUGAACACUAACCAGUCAGUGGAUGUCCAGGAGUCCAACUGCAAUCAGUAUCUGUCUAAACUAAGCGACAUCACUACCAGCCCUGCCGACAUGUGCCCUCCUGAGUACAUAAACACAUACGAUGGGGCUUUUACUAACGUAGUGCCUCCCAGCCUUAAUCAAAUGAGCCUGAAAGCCUCAGAUGUAAACGAAGGCUUUGGACCAGAUGAGAUCUGUGAUGUGUUUUACCCAGAAUUAGAAGCUAAAGUCCAUGGUGUUGCUGUUCCAUGUGAAGAGAGAAACACUGACGAACAGCUGGAAGAGCUCUCAAAAGUGGCUCUGAUGAAACCCAUGGACCUGCACAGCCUCUCUCCUGGUAACUUCAGCACAGAAAAAUCUGAAGCCAUGUCGGAAUUUCCAGAUUCAGAUUCUGGAUUGUCCCUGGAGACCAGUUCAAAAAUGAGCUCUCCCGGGAAGUCUCUGCAGGGAGACGGCUCCUAUGGAUUCAGCGACUCGGAGAUCGAUGAGAUGGAAGGUGGACCUGGAAGCAUGGAAUCAGACUAUGCUGAAAUGUUUCCCCUAAUUUUCCAAAGCGACAGUCCUCAACACUCACUCCUGGAGAAUUCUGGCAUGACCCUGCUGCAAGAGGGAACCACUACACAGUCAAAAACAGAUCAGGUGGAGGCAAGCGGAUAUGCCAAGCAACCCUUCACCAAAGACAAGCAGAGGAAGCGUUCGGAGUCGCGCCUGUCGCGUGACGAGGAGAGAGCAAGAGUCCUGCAGAUUCCGUUUGCCGUGGAGCUGAUCAUCAACAUGCCCGUUGACGACUUUAACGAGUUAAUGGCCAAACACAAGCUGAACGAGGCGCAGCUCGCACUCGUGCGCGACAUUCGACGCCGCGGCAAGAACAAGGUGGCGGCGCAGAACUGCCGCAAACGCAAGAUGGAGAACAUCAUGGGCCUGGAAUACGAGCUGGACUCGCUCAAGGAUGAGAAGGAGAGGCUGACGAAGGAGAAGAGUGAAAACAGCAGCAGUCUGAGGAAAAUGAAGCAGCAGCUCAACUCGCUGUAUCUGGAGGUGUUCAGCAUGCUGAAGGAUGAGCAGGGAAAUUCAUACUCCCCUAACGAAUACUCGUUACAGCAAACCUCAGACGGAAGCAUCUUCCUGGUCCCUCGCGUCAAAAAGACUCUUGUUAAGAGCAACUAGCACUUCUGCUUUUUCUCUUUCUUGGUACUACAUAAUUCAGUAGCUAAGUACUAUGCAAAAAGAAAAACUUUAUAGGUAUUUUUGCUUAAUCUUUAGCUGGAAAGAUGGCAGAACUAUUAUAUAGUUUUGGCUUAUUCUACUUUCUUAAUAUUCUUAAUAUCCUAUAUUUUGUACUUCUUUAUAUAUUAUCUGAAAAUGUUUUAUCGAUAUGGUUUGUAAAUACAUUCAUACUUUAUUUGCUAUCAGAAUUUCAAGCAAUAUGCUAUGUUUAUAUUUUAAAGAGCUAUUAAUUAUAUUGCAAUCACUGGCACUUAAAUCUGUUUUAUAUCCUAAAUUACAGCUCUGUUGCAACGUUUCCAAUGUUGACUUUAUGCUUUAAAAAAAAUCACAGUUUGUAAUACUUCUCUGUGUCUGCUGUAACUGUCGACUACGGUCAGCUUAUUGACUGUUCUCACCAUUUCUAUCACUCUGUAAAUGUAAUUUUAAUAAAGUGUGUGUCCAACCUG